CCCAUCUCGAGUCUCUACCAGCAAGCUAUAUCUCAUUGAAAGAUGGCGAGCAACAGCGGACUGCAUCGAGAAAUUGAAGCAUUCAGGCAAUUACUUCUUGAUGAGGGAUUCCUUAAUGACGCAUUUAAGCUCAACGUGGAGAAUGUCGGGAGCAUGAUCGGUAAACCCAACUUCGUGGAGGAAAUUAUGACCACAUACUUCAGGGACUCGGCCAAGUACAUCGAAAAGGCUGAAAAACUCCUGGACGACGACAUGCCUAUCAAUAUUGUGGAGCUUAACAGGAUUCUUCGUAACCUGAAUCGAAGCAGUGCUAUCAUAGGUGCUCACAGAGUCAGCAACGAAACAAGCAAAUUGAGAGACUACGGCCUCGAUGGGAAUUGGGUUUGCUGCAAGGCUUCUCUGCAACUGGUGAAGAGGGAGCAUGCUGAGCUGAAGGGCAGGAUGGCAACUUACCUCCAGAUGAAGAGACAGGCUGGACCGGUGGAGGCAGCUGAGCGGCCUAUGUCCUCUGGCAGAAAUAAGGCUGAACCGGCGGAGACAACUAAGCGCCCUUAGGUCUCCUGGUGUCAAUGAUAACGCUGGUCGUAAAUGUAAAUCCUGCCCGUUUCUUAUGGUGGGCAAUGAAUAAUGGUUCAUCUGUGGACCAUAUAGCUAGAGUAAUGCUAUUAUAUGCGUGUCGUGUCUGUCGGUUGAAAACUUAGUGUGUCGUCGUGUCUUAAGUUAGUGUAAAAAAUAAAGGCUUCUUUCGGGAGUUCGAUAUAAAUAUAAGCAUGUGUUUUAAUAGUGUCCUUCCAGAUCUUGGAUAGGUCAAUUUAAUUUGAAGUGAGUUCGUUCUACAUAUAAAUGUGAGAGAGACAAUGAAAGAAGCUUCAUUUUAGA